AUGGAUCCUCAGACGUUGAUUGUCAAGGCCAAUAAAGUUUCAUACUAUGGUAGCUCCAUCGGUGGAGAAUCUUGGAGGUAUGAUUGGUUUCAACCAUCUAAAAUAAGCUCCACUGCGCAGCAACCACAGCAGCAAGCGGGAAACUUUGAGAAUAACUUGGAGAAAUAUCCGUUCAAGUAUAAAACAUGGUUGAAGAACCAAGAAAAUGAGAAGAGUUUACAGGAAGGGGACUGUGAGGAUAUACUGGACCUGACGCAAUUUGAUAGAACAAUACGGAAAAAGUCGCCAAACCCAUCGCACGUUAAAGGGGACACGAAUAGCAGUGCUCCUUCUACUAACCAAGAGAACGAAGCUCUUAGUAUGGACGACAUAAGAGGUGCUGUCGGUAAUAGUGAGGCUAUCCCUGGUCUAUCUGCCGGAGUGAACAAUGAGAAGCCAGAGCAGAGUAAAGAUGUGGAGAUGAAUUAA